UUGUCAAUCGUGGCAUUUAAAUCGGUGGUUCGAAGAGCAAGAAUAAAUUUUGACGUUGACACUCCGAGAGUAUUUGCUUUCGAGUGACCAUCUUCGAAAAUUAAUAUAAUCUGCUAUAGAAUCGUAUGUUAUUAAAUUAUUAUUAAUUCGGUUUCUUUCAUAUCUUCUAAACUAAUAAAAAGCCAGUUAUUAAAAAAGUGCCUGAUUACAAAAGUAAUAUUCUCAUAUAAAAUCUAAAAAAUCAAAGAGAAAAAUAAAAAUGGAAAAACAAAAGGUUAGAAAUGCGAGUCAGCUAUUGAAAAAUUGGUUGGUGUGGAUUAUCGCUUCAAUUACUCUCUGCAGUUUGGCUAUUUUCGUAAUUUUUUGGUGGACGAAUAUCUUCCGCAAUGCGAUCUUAGCUGAGUUACAAUUGAAAAAUGGAACAACCACUUUUGCGUGGUGGCAGAGACCAGCAGUUCGCGCAAUUUAUAAGAUUCACAUAUUUAAUUACACAAACGUAGAUGAUUUCGAAAAUGGUGCGGCGAAAAAAUUAAAGGUCCAGGAUGUGGGACCUUAUAUUUACAGAGAAACUCUACAACGAGUGAACGCAGUUCUCCACGAAAAUGGAACUGUGUCCUACCAGGAGAGGAGGUCCUACCAAUGGGAAGGUGGACGUCCUGAUGAAGAGACAUUGGUUAUUCCUAAUGUUCCACUUUUUGGAGCCAUGGCUUUUUCAAGGGAUAUAUCUUUCAUGGCUCAAGUCACUUUGACUGCGUUUUUGUCCGGUCUGAGAGCCAAAACUUUCGUUAAAGUUCCUGCUGGGGGAUUUCUCUGGGGAUAUGAUGAUGAAUUGUUCAAUUAUGCGAAGCCGCUUAUUUCAUUACAACAACAAAUUCCGUUCGACAAAUUCGGGAUUCUUGCAGUCGUGAGUAAUUUCUUAUACAAACCACCUAAGGAUCUUUUUACAUCAUCUAAAAAGAAGAACACUUGUUAUUGUCAAAAAGACAAAGGUAGUAGUUUUUUUGGAAAGAAAACCUGUCCACCAGCUGGAAUUUUCAAUGCGUCUAGUUGCAAUUUUGGAAUGCCAACUUUGACAUCCUUUCCUCAUUUUUAUCAGGCGGAUGAAUCAAUAAUUGAACAAAUCGAUGGCCUUGAUCCUCAAAAAGAACUGCACGAGAGUUAUGUUGACCUACACCCAAACCUGGGAGUUCCAAUUGGCGGUGCAUCUCGGAUUCAAAUAAACCUAGAAGCUCGAAAAGCAGAUGGAGUACCUUUUCUGGGAAACAUAAAAGAUGGUAUGAUUCUUCCUCUCAUUUGGAUUGAAGUAGGAAUCAGUAAUAUUCCGGAACCAGUUCUAAAUAUCCUUCAUCAUGCCUACUACACUGCUAAUAUCGUUGAAGCUUGCUUCCAAUGGGGCAGUCUAAUUUCCUUCAUUUUAUCCGCAUCAGGUCUUUUCCACAUCCUCCAAAAGGACCGAAAAAAACAACAAGUGAAUCUGCAUACGAAAGAAAAUCAAAUGAAUACAGUCUCUGGAAAGAUUGUUCUUCCUUAAUUUCAAAAUAGGUGCGUUCUAGUUACCUGUGUAUUAAACACCAUCUUUUCAGAAUAAUGGAUGAAAAAUGAAAUAUAGUGCAUGUUUGCAAAAUUUCCUAACAAUGAAUGAACAAAGGAAAUAAAUUGUUCCUUUUCGGUUAAAGACCUUCUUAAAUAUGAAGCAAAUUACAGUUUUAUGAAAUGUAGAAUUGUAAUGUAUAAUAUGAGGCGCUAUUGUCGCUUCAUGGAAUUUAUUACAUCGCCUUUGCGCUACCCUUUCUGGAAAAAAUCGGUCUCUUAUAACUAUAGAUGGAAAUAGCGACAGGUUUAUGUGUAUUUUAAAUUAUAAAAACCAAUUAUUUCUUUCUUUACUUCCACAAAAAAAACUAAAGUUUAAUUUUGUUGCAAGUAAAAUUUCCCCUGUUAAUGUUUAUAUGCUAUUUGAUAACAGUUUAUCCUACGAUGGAAUAAAAGCCGUCGUCUGCUACGGCAUCCUUAGUAGCAACGGAAAAAUGGCAAAGUAUGAGUAAAUUCGAGCAAUAAGUCAGGACACCAGAUUUGAAACAACACAGAAAAAACAAAAGUUAAAAUUUUUACAUGUAAGACUUGCAACGUUUAAAAAUUAAAUAAAAUAAAUUACGCUAGUGUAGAGCAAUCAGAACUUAUUGAAUACCAUUUAGCAAAAAGCGCAAUAAAUAACUGACAGAUAGGAAUCCCCAUUUCUCUCCAAUUUAAUUAAGUUAAACGACGAUGGAUAGCGCUGGUGUCGUAAUUCUCGCAACACCUCCAAUACAAAUAGAGCGAUUAUAAGAUGAAAGAUUAUCCAGACAACGUUAAAAAUUGGAAAUUAUCUUCGAUCGAUGUAAAGUUUAUUUGGCAAGGUUAAUCUUUGUUGCGGUGAAUCUUUCACCUAAAAUCGAUGUAAACUUUAUCUUUGGGUUUUUCUGUGUUCUUCACACUGAGACAAAUUUAAAAGUGACAAUAAAGUAUUUCCUCUUCUGUGAAGCAAUUUGCAUUCCAACUUAAAGUUAGAUUGAUUAUAAUCGAUGGCAAUGAGGAAAUAUUUUGUUAGCGAUUGGGAUUUUGUGUAUUUCUCUGAUAGUAUUAUCAUUAAUAAUUUUUAUUUUUUAUUCCAAGCUCCUCUUAACAAUGCUUAAAUACUUAGUUAACUAUUUUUAGUGGAUUUUUUGUCAGUUAAAAAAUCUUUCUAAAAUUCUUAAUGAUUAUUGAUUAGACAGUAGUUGAAGUAUCGUAAUCUACUAUUUUUAAACCUUAAAUAUUAUGAUUUAAGCAGUACACAAAAAUAUUUUUGUUAAAAUAGUACACUUUCUAUUUGAAAGAAAGGGUAGCGCACAUUUAAAUUUAAUUGUGAUCUAGCUUAGCUUUCUUGUCGUUCCUCGUAUGUAACUAAGGUUUAUUAUAAUAAUUAUUAAUAAUUCAAGGAUAAUGAAAUGCCCGAUUUAAGACUGUGUAAUCUUGAAAUUUCUCUUAUUAAAGUAACCUAGUUAGGAUUAAAUAAAUAGAUUACACUGACAUUAAAAUUUAUUAAAGGAAUCAAUUAAUAAUUCCAUAAAUAUUUUUUUCACAUAAAAUUCACUUCAAAGAAAGAUUUCUAUAAAUUAAAAUCAAAAGAUAAAACCACGACAGAUUUUAAUAUACUAGGUAGUAUUAUUUAAUCAGUAAUCAAGCUUCUCCUUAGGGGCCAUCCAUAUACCACGUGGACACUUUAGGGGGGAGGAGGUAUGGCAAAAUUCCACGCUUAUCCACCAGGGGGACCGGGGGGGUCGAGCUACAAUCCACGUGGACACACAUUUCCCCAAAUCUGUGGAAAAUGUACUGAAAUGAGGCAAAGUAUACUCUAGGUAUACUCCAACUUUUAUAUUGUGCCAGCGCACAAUAUAAAUUUUAUUUUUAUUUCCAUUUUUUUCACGACUUUUUCUUUGAAAGUCAAAUC